GCGGCGGUGGCGGCGGCCAAGGCAGCCGCUGCGGUGAUUCAGCUCACGACUAGUGCCGCAUCCGGCAGGACUAGUGCAGUUGAAGAGGCUGCUGCUGUGAAGAUUCAGUCUGUUUUCCGGGGGUAUUUGGCACGAAAAGCUCUGAAUGCAUUGAAAGGAUUGGUGAAGUUGCAGGCACUGGUUAGAGGACAUUUGGUGAGGAAACAGGCAACGGCCACGCUUAGGUGCAUGCAGGCACUGGUGACGGCUCAGGCUCGAGCUCGAGAACAACGAAUCAGGAUGGCUGAAGAAAUUAAAGCCGUUGAUCAAAGGCAAUAUAAUCACAGGAAAUCUAUGCAGGAGCAUCGUUUCAGAAGCCCCAAUCAAGAUUUCGACAGAGGCCUCGAAGAAAACAUCAAGAUUGUGGAGAUGGAUCUUGGCGACUACAAGCCAAUGACGAAAGCCAGAAACAGCUACUCAAACCUCACACAACUGGACAGAACAGAACACAGAAUUUCCACACACCGCACGUCAAUCAAGCAAGAACACAACCAGAUCUCACCGGCACCAUCAGCAAUAACCGAUAUCAGCCCAAGAACAUGCAGCAACCAUUUUGAGGAGUACAGUUCGUUCGGAACAGCACAGAGCAGCCCUCAAUGUUAUUCAGCCAUGUCCAAGCCUGAUCCAGCUAGGCUGCCGUUUUCCUAUCCUAGAUCAGAAUAUGCAGAAUCCCUUUACAAUGAGUACCCGUUCUACCCGAAUUACAUGGCCAACACUGAGUCCUCAAGGGCUAAAGUUCGUUCCCACAGUGCUCCCAAGCAACGGCCUGUUGAGACGUUUGAGAGGCAGCCUAGCAGGCGGAGGCCUUCUCUAGAAGGCAGAAAUGUCCCGAGGGCCGUUAGGAUGCAGAGAUCGUCAUCUCAUGUUGGUUCAACCGCUCAGAACUACCAGUAUCCUUGGUCUGUUAAGCUUGAUAGAUCAGCAGUUUCGCUUAAGGACAGUGAGUGUGGAUCGACAAGCACUGUGCUUACUAACACCAACUACUGCAGAUCCUUGGUGGGAUUCGAGGUGCAAGGGGCUAGGUAGUAAUUUUCUUGGUUGGAGAACAAACAAAUCCUGGGGCAGGAAACAAUCGAAAUUACUACAACAAGUAUCAUAUUUCUAAAACUUGUAGAAAAUUUGUAAUAAUUUUUCAGUUGAUUUGAUCUUGUUCAUGGGGGAGCAGUGUGUUGAAGCUCUUGCUGCUGUGUAGUUUUGUCACUUUAUCCUUGUUGGUUUUCAUGUUUGGUUACUGCAUUUUAGUUGUGAAUUUAAGCCAGAAUUUGCAGGGCUAGCUACUUCAUUCAAUUGUAAACAGUUUGAUUUGUUCA